GCACGCCCCAGUUCAGAUCCGAAUCCCGCUUCUGGACCUCGUUCCUUGGCUCUUGCUUCAACAGUGAUUGAACGGAGCAGGGUCGCGGCCGCCCCACCCCUUCAUUCUUUUGCCAGCCAGCCAGUAAGCCCAGCCGAAGUCAACUUGCACCAUGACCUCCCAAAUCCGCCAGAACUACCACGCCGAGAGCGAAGCGGGCGUGAACCGCUUGGUCAACCAGUUCCUCCGUGCCAGCUACAACUACCUGUCCUUGGGUUUCUACUUCACCCGGGAUGAUGUGGCGCUCUCCAAGUUUUCAUCAUUUUUCCAGCAUCUGUCUGAGGAGAAGCAUGAGCAAGCAGAGAAGCUCUUGACCUUCCAAAACCGCCGUGGGGGUAGAGUUGUCCUGCAAGAUAUCAAAAAACCAGAUCAGGACGAAUGGAAGAAUGGAGCUGCUGCCAUGGAUGUUGCCCUUCAGCUGGAGAAGAGUGUGAACCAGGCUCUGCUGGAAUUGCACCAAAUUGCUUCACGCCAUACAGAUCCCCAUCUGUGUGACUUCCUGGAGACUCAUUACCUUAAUGAGGAAGUGAAGCUGAUCAAGAAGCUGGGUGACCACGUGACCAACCUGAAGCGUGUGCGUGCCACCGAGGAAGGCCUUGGCGAAUACCUCUUUGACCGCCUCACCCUAGGCGAGUCUAGCGACUGAGCCUUGAGCUGCUGCCUCCCUUCCCAGCUCUAGCUGCCUUGUUGACCAAGUGUGUGGGUGGCUUGUUCAGCCUGUACCAAAAGUUGGCUGCUCAGUAAAUAAGGGCCUCUGUACUCUGGUCCAUCUUUUUUUGUGGGAGGGAGAGUUCUCUGUAACUGGCAUUAAAUAAACUUGGCAUUAAGCACUA